AUGUACAGAGAUCGAGUCGGAGGGGGCUCAGCAAAGGGCGGCGGGGAGAUGUUGGAUCGGAUGCGAAUCAAUGAUAAACACCUCGAGAAAUCGGUUCCGUCGGAUUCCAGGAACAAGGGUUCCGCCGUCGCCUUUCCGUCCACGUCAGCCUCUUCCGGGAAGCAUGUUGAUCCCCGGGACAAUCGCUCUAGCAAGAACAAGCUCUCUGAGGAGGAAUCUGAAACAGAUAGUGAAGAUUCAGAUGUCAGUGGCUCUGAUGGAGAUGACACAUCUUGGGUUUCAUGGUUUUGCAACUUGCGCGGGAAUGAGUUCUUUUGUGAAGUUGAUGAUGAGUAUAUUCAAGAUGAUUUCAAUCUAUGUGGUUUGAGCAGUCAGGUGCCGUAUUAUGAUUAUGCGCUUGACCUAAUUCUGGAUGUAGAGUCGUCUCAUGGUGACAUGUUCACCGAGGAACAAAAUGAAUUGGUUGAAUCAGCUGCAGAAAUGCUGUAUGGCCUUAUUCAUGUCCGGUACAUUUUGACGAGCAAGGGAAUGGCAGCAAUGUUAGAGAAGUACAAAAACUACGACUUUGGAAGAUGCCCUAGAGUUUACUGCUGUGGACAGCCUUGCCUUCCAGUUGGCCAAUCAGACAUACCGCGCUCAAGUACUGUGAAGAUUUACUGUCCCAAAUGUGAAGAUAUUUACUAUCCCCGAUCCAAGUACCAAGGCAAUAUCGACGGAGCAUAUUUUGGGACCACAUUCCCACACCUGUUCUUGAUGACUUACGGACACCUCAAGCCUCAGAAGCCAGUACAGAGUUAUGUCCCAAGGGUGUUUGGCUUCAGGAUGCACAAGCCUUGA